UGCAAACUGAUACUUUGGUUGAAGACUAAUCAUCUCUCACGUGAAAGUUGCAAGCCACAGACAUGCAAAGAGAAACGAUGGAGCCAACCUUUUCUCUGCCUGAGAUCUUCCUAAGUGACAGAGAAGAGCCUGCUUCUACUCAGUCAGGAUCCCCUACCUUUUCUAAUUUUUCCUCAUAUUACCACCAAUUGGUUCCUGCUCCCCAAGAGGAGCCAGACAUCCACAGGCUGUCAGAACCCUCAUUUCAGACAAGCUGUGGUGGACAGUUUUGUCCGCCAGAACCUUAUCUUGUGAGGGGUGAACCAGUGUUGCUGAGCACUCCUGCAGUUGCAGACAUGCUCCAGAGGGGAGCCAACCCCGACCACAGAGCAGACACACUGUAUUGGACGCAAAGAGAAUCAAACCAGCAAUUUGUGCAUCAUCUGAUCCCAAGCCAUAUCCAACCCCAAGCUCAGGACUGCCCCUCUUCCUUCAACGUCCCGCAUGGUGUUUGUCCCUCUCACCACAACCUCCAGACUUUACCCCAUGAUGCCAGGUUCCAACCUGGAUUCCCGGAGGUCAUAGUCACCCCUGGUUGUAGUUCCUGUUUUUUGGUACCCAUCAGCAGCCCGUCAGAGUGCUGCUGCAGCGCAUGUUCACCUCCUCAUUCUUGGCACCUCCUGCCUGAGGUUCAUCCCAGCUGGUGCUCGUGUCCACAGGCGGUGCCCGCCCAUCAGCUCUGCAGUCCAGACCGGGUCUCGAGGAGAACGGCUCAGCAGGUCAGCAUGUGGGCGACAGAGCAGACUGAAGAGCAGAACAAGUCAGAAGGAGCCGAGCAGAAAAGUAAUCCACCCAACAAUUACAAACUAAAAGCAGACAACACAGACGACAACAGACCAAAGGCCAACGUUUCUCCUGGAUCUCUACCAUCUUCGCAGGAAGAAUCACUGGCAGGAAUCUACUUGGAGAACUACAUCGCGGUCGUGGACUCCUUCAAGAUCCAAGAGGAUCGGUCAGUGGAGGCCAAAAACAGUGAAAAUGAGAAGAAACUGAAGAUAGAAAACAGCUCAUUUCUGGAGUAUCUGGACGAACUUUGCAGUGAUGAGAACUUUGUCAGAGAGACUGGUUCGACACUGAAUGCAGAGUACCUGGAUUUCCUGCUUUCCUCAGACUCAGAGCUUCUGGACCUUUUUCCACAGGAAAAACAAGAGACAGAGGUGGGGUCGACGCUGAAUACAGAGUACCUGAAUCCCCCCCCAUCUUCAGAUCCAGAUCCCAUUGACCUCGUUUUACGGGAGAUUUUGGAAGCUUUCCAGCAAAAGAUGGCCCAUCAAUCUCCAGCUGACUCCAGCAGCGUCACUCCUGUAAUGGAAGAAACAUCUCCGGGGACUUCCCGUGACGAGGCAACUGCACCACUCCCAAACGCUCUAUCCUCCAUUUUGGAUCCUCCGCGCUCACAGUCUGACACAAAUCCAAACCCCGAUGGACAUAAUCCACCUCUGAGCACUAAAGGAGCAAAGGAAGGUCGGUCUAGCGGUUCUCCCCUCCUUCCUUCACUCCUUCCAGAAGAACCACUACCAACUGAUGCCACACUAAAAUGCAAUAACCCUGUUAAUGCCACGACUCCUCUUAACCUCAACGGCUCACUUACUUCACCACAGCAGGUGCUUGCCAAUGUCUCCCCAGGCCCCGGUCUUACUUCUGAUUCGGAGGCAAGAGACAAUGAUGCAUUGGUAGAGGUGCCUACGGCCCCAGGGGAUGAGUCGGAAGAAGCCUUGAUGACCCCCUCAAGCCUUGGAGACACACAGACAGCUGAGGCAUCCCAAAUGCUUCAGGAAGGACCUCUACCCUCUAAAUCUCCCUCAACCUCCGAUGUUUCAGGGUCCAAUGAGCACCCUUGUACGAUAGUCACCACGGAUCAUCGUCCUAGCUUCCGAGCUGAUUUGUUGACUGUCAGCCCACCACAUCCAGCUGACCCUCCGGCUCCGACGGUCCUAACUUUGAAAACACUUCCUUGCCCGUUGCCUCAGAUAAGAAUACCUGAGGAAAAAUGUAACCCCAAAAAUAUUUACCCAAAGUCCUCUGGUCUUGCGGCAGUUGCUGUGCCAGCUAAUUCCCCUCUCUUGGCAGAUUCCUACGCAAACUCUUGUUAUCCCCCAGUUGAUAUAUCAGACUCUGUGCCUGAAAAACAAACAGUAGAGCCACCCAAAGAACUGGAACUUUCUGAAGACCUGGCAUCCUCUGAACUUAGGGAGACAGCAGCGACACAAAAGCAAACAGGUUCAAAAGAAGAAGGGAUGAUAAAGACAUUUGAAAGGAAGAAAGAGAAUAAGACCAAUCCCAGGGGAACAACAAACAUUAGACGAAGUCAGAGGCUGUCGGAUAAAAUCGAAAAAGCAAGACUGAGUGCUGAAUUCACAAAAGAGAAAGCAGAGAAGAGGAAACCACGUAAAAAGAGUGUUGAGAAAACAGCUAGAUUCACCCUAGAGAGGAACAGGCUGGUUGAUGAAAAACAGAAGAGACCGUCCUCAGGAGGAAGGCAAAGGAUUCAAAUGACUAGUUUUUUAAAGAGAAGAACCUGGAGCAUGACAAAUGAGAAAGAAGUGCAGCUGAGUGGGGAAAUCAAGCCCUCAGCAAUGGAGAGAAGCCAGGUGAAGUCCUCCCCUAUGAGAGAAAUGCGGGAUGAGGACAAACUGGAAGUAAAAGUGAAGGAGGAGGCAACUGUACAAGAGAUUCUGCCAGCUCCAAGUCCAACAAAAAAAAGCAGAAACAGGAGAAAUAAAGGGGAGAGUAGGGAGCAGGCUAACAACACUAAUAACACAAAUUUAACAGGCUGCAAAACCAACAAGGAGGACAAGCUUUCUAUAUCCAAAUCUUCUCUGCAGAGCACCAAAUUUCAGAGAGAUACUCGUUCAAAAAAAUACUCAAUUUACAGCUUAAGGUCACGAACUGUGUCAAAAAGGCCAGUACAUAAUAGGCUAGGAAUUCAAAAGAACAAGGCAGCCAAGGCUACCCAUCAACCGUCUAACCCCAUACCAAGAGCAGGUGUGAAAGAUGAAAGCGUAAAUGUGGAAGAAGCAGAACGGCCAAGCCUCAUGUUGAGUCCGAUGAAAAGAUACCGGCAUGAAUGUGGUGCUGCUGAAAGACGGAGGGAGACAAAGGUAAAUAAGGACAAGGCUGAGAUUGAAACAGAAAUGAUCCGUUUAAGUCCGAUGAAAAGAGGAAGGUGGCAGAAAAGAGUGGAGCCAAACACAGAUGGAGACCAAAAGCAGGAUUUGACAGCAAAGGAAAAAGGUAAAGGAGACAAAUAUGGGACGAAAACAUCUGGCUCCCCCUCAACAAUAAGUAGUAUGAAGGCUAAGGAUGGACAGAUGUCAAAAGCAACAGCUGGACAGGACACAUAA